AGAAGAAAAGUCAACACGAGAAGUGGAAGGACGGCUAUGCUCAAUUCGGUCGUGCACCUUCUGCUCCAGUGUCUUGUCGCGUCGGCUUCGGACAAUUUCUUCCGCGGGUGCGUCGAGGAAUCGGUCCGAAACCGCAGUUCGGACGCCUGCGUGUUCGUUCCGGCACGAUGGCUGGACGCCGAGGUGUACCGAAACCUGGCCCACCUUGCCCUGGCCAACGGCUCUCAUUUUCCGCGAGCUGGCAAUCGCGACACCAUCCUCGAUAUCAUCCAAGCGGCGAAUCAGGUGUCGAGAGGGAUUGUCACCAGGCUGGAGUUCUCAGUUGUGAGGAGCUCCUGCGACAGCUCUACCGGCUACACCAAGGAAGAGUGCAAGCCGGAGGGCCCCGAGCAAAGCGGACUCUGCCAGGCAAAAUUCCGCUAUAUUCAUGACCUCAAACUUGAAGACGUCAUGUGUGAUGCUGAAGUUGUAGAAAAUUUCGAUGCCCCAUGAAUGCCUUACGCAGAACGUCACUUUUAUAGUCAAUGUCCUUCGUUAAAUUAUUGCCGAACAUAUAUUGAUGUACAAUAAAUUAACUUUCUG